AUGAGCUCAAAGAAGAAGUUCCAAAGCCAAGUUAUGAAUGUGCUAGCAAUCCUAUAUAUUAUACUGUUGUCUGCUAGUUCUAUGCAAUGUCAAAAAGAUGAAUGGACACAAGGUAGCACUCAACCACACAGUUGUAAAGCAGACAUCGAUUGUCUGCCAUGGACCGAAUGCAACAAAACGAAGUGCAUUUGCAAAGAUGAGUUGAUGAAUCAUUAUGCACUCAGAUGUGACAAAGAUACACUGCAGCUGUCUGUUCUUCGUUGCCACUGUGUGACAUUUGACAAUGUGACCAAUCAGUUGAUUCAAGGGAAUUGCAUUGAAAACUGUGAGAAGAAUCGUUACAAAAGUGACUACCUUCCAUUGCCAAAAGAUCUAUCCCAACUAAAUCAAUUCAUGUGUGAGGAGAGGUGGAACAGAACAGGAAGACUGUGUGGGAGGUGUCUACCUGGACACUCUCCACUGGCUUACUCUUACGACAUGAGAUGUGUGAAAUGCCCUGAGAGGAACAGAAAUAUCUGGAAGUACAUUCUCGUAGCAUUCGGUCCACUUACAGUAUUUUACUUUCUGGUCCUAUUCUUCAAGAUCAAUGCAAACUCUUCUCAUCUCCAUGGCUACAUUAUUUUCAGCCAGAUAAUAUCCAUACCUACUUACAGUCGAGGUGUUGUAACGUAUAAUCAUAAUCACCCUGAGUCGAAGGUUCCUAUUCAGAUAAUUGAACUUAUGUACGAAAUUUGGAAUUUAGACUUUUUUAGAAUUCUUGAUCUAGACAUUUGUCUUGAUGUGUCCACACUCACAGUCUUAGCUCUGGACUAUGCAGUGGCUAUCUACCCACUAAUGUUGACUGUUGUCUCGUAUAUCUUGAUCGAGUUACAUGCUAGAAACUUUAGACUAGUAGUCAUCUUGUGGAGACCAUUCCGUCAUGUAUUCACACUUGUGCGUAGAAACUGGGAGAGUAAGACUACAGUAAUUGAUGCUUAUGCUACUUUCUUUGUGCUUUCAUAUAGCAAGUUUUUCUUUGUGUCUGCUGACCUACUUAUUCCAGUAAGAGCUUAUAGCAUCACAAACGACAACAUUACUUGGGUGCUGUACAAUGACGCUACCAUCGAGUACUUUGGGAAUGAACAUAUUCCAUAUGCUGUCCCAGCAAUAACCUGUUCUGGAUUACUGAUCAUAGCAACGAGUUUUCUUCUUUUCUACCAACUGAAGUGUUGCCAAAAUGCUUUGAACUGCUGCAAAAUCAAGGGUCGAAUAAUCCAUGCACUGAUGGACUCUUUUCAGGGUUACUACAAGAACGGAACAGAUGGAACACGAGAUUAUCGCUGGUUUGCAGCGGUGCCUUUGGUAGGUCGCGUUUCACUGACUCUAACUUAUGCUAUGAUACUAGAUGGCAACUAUAGCUCCUUUAUAGUACUCAUAAUUAUAAUCAUCAUUGUACUUACAGCAGCUAUUCAACCAUACAAGAAACAUUUGUCAAAGUACGCUAAAAUUGAUAUCACUUUUUGGGCCUUUUUGGCAGCUUUCUAUACUAUUGGAGAAACCACCAACUUCUCAAGUUUAAAAUCAAUCCUUGUCUUGAAAAUAAGCAAAGCACUCCGAGUUGUCGUGGCAAUCAUCCCACUCGUCUACAUGACUUGCCUUACUGUUUACUGGAUACUGUCAAGAAUGAGAACAAUGAACACACUCAUCAGUCGAAUCAGAGCGUGGAGACAAGGCUACAUGAACACUGACAACGGCUUAGAGGAAGAUCUACCAGACAGAGUAGAUAAUCCAGACAGAUACAGACUUCACAAUCCUACGAACUAGCUUUAAUAGCAUUAUCACACAAUAGUAUGCAAGAGUAAAAACUCGGCCUGAUUGCAUAGAGCAAUAAUUAAAUUGCAAUGAGAAUCCUCUUAAUGUUGCCAUAAACUUGUCACAUGCACUUUACUUAAUUUCAUUACUAUUGGAUUCUUUAGUAAAAAGUGCUACUAUCUGCUGUAUCGGUUUUGAAUGCGAGGCUCUUUCGAUUGCGAAUUGUCGCAAAAGAGAGAAAGGCAAAGAAAUACGGUGGCCGAGAAGGGUCACCCGCCUCCGCCUACCGCCACAAUUAACCACACGCGCACGGAAGUUGAAGUGAGCAUGAACAUGCAAUCACAAUAGUUAGAAACACAACAAAAAGGCUUGUACAGCGUCAUUCGCAAAUGAUUGCAAGCAAGUCAUUGAGAGGGAUUGAGAAUACACAUUAAUUAGAAGUUCCAUGGUGUAAUGAAAAACCCAUGAAACCUUCAAGAAACUAGAGGGGGUUAUACAGGGUAAAGGUCAAGUAUAAAUCACAGUACUGUGAUUUAUACUUGACAAGUAUUUUCUACUUAGAAAAUACUUAGUCCUGACCUUUAGACCCAA